CCUUGUCAACCCAUUUCCUAAUAUCUAUAACAUUUCCCCGUCCUGCAGUGAUUAAGAAACUUACCACUCCCAUUUCAUAACGUCAAUCACAGGUAUCGUCAUGCCUUCGUUGGUAGGUCGAGCGGAUGAUUCGCCUACGCCUCUUUGUCACAUCGUGACGCCGGUCGGCAUGCUGGGAUAUGGCUUCGAUGAAGACCAGAGCAUUAGCGCAAUUUCCAGGCUGGUGUCCACAGGAAUACCGACCGCCAUCAUCCUCGACUCUGGUUCCACUGAUAGCGGGCCGGACAAGUUGGCUCUGGGCGGCAUGUCAUGUCCGCGGACAUCGUAUGCGAGAGACCUUGCGAAACUCAUCGGACUAGUCAUGAGAUUCCAAGUCCCACUCAUAUUCAGCUCCGCGGGAGGAGAUGGUAGCGAUGAUCACGUGAAGGAAAUGCUAGAUAUCAUUGCUGAGAUUGUAAAUCGAGAUGAAUAUAGUGAUACCCAGUUCAAGACGAUAGCGAUCUUCUCUGGCGUCGACAAAGCGGUAGUGAAAAGCCGGCUUAGAGAAGGGGCAAUCACUGGAUGUGGAAAAUUCGUCCCUCAGUUGACAGAAGAGGCAAUCGAUCAAUCGGCCCGCAUCGUUGCUCAACUCGGGCCAGAACCUUUCAUUGAUGCUAUGAUAGCCAAUCCAGAUUUUGACAUCAUUGUCGGGGGCAGAGCAUACGACCCAUCACCAUAUAUUGCAUUUGCUGCUUUCCAUGCACAGACACAUCUGAAAGAUGCUUCGCAGGAGAAGAAAGAGCAAUUGUUCGGUGCAUACACGCAUAUGGGCAAGAUCAUGGAAUGCGGUGGGCAAUGUGCGAAGCCUAAAAGUGCAGGUGCGAUAAGCACAAUUUACAGCAACGGCGAGUUCGACGUCUCGCCUCUGGACCCGGAGGCCGCGUGCACACCAUUAUCCGUGGCGGCACAUACACUAUACGAGAAGUCCAGGCCCGAUAUCCUGCACGGUCCUGGAGGAUAUAUGGACUUGACAAAGUCAGGCUAUUCGCAAUUGAGCGAUGGUAGAAGUAUCAGAGUCUCCGGUAGCUCUUUUCAUUUCUCGCGAGACGAAGGGCUCCCGUACACAUGGAAGCUCGAGGCAGCCAGAGUGAUAGGAUAUCGCACCAUAUUCAUCGGAAGUAUCAAAGACCCAAUAAUGAUAGCACAGCUGGAUACUAUCCUUUCAAGGAUCAAGGAAUACGUUGCAUCGCAACAUACCAGGGACUCCGGGCUGUGGAAUCUUGAUUUUCACGUGCAUGGAAGAGAUACGGAAGAGAUAUUCCUGGUCGGGGAGUCGUUGGCCAAUUCGCAAAGACUAGCGACGUCUGUCGCUUCUACUGCAAGAGUUGCGACUAUACACGGCUCAUAUCCUGGUCAAAAGGCGACUUCGGGCAACUUCGCAUUCGGUAUCGGUGGGAAGCUCGAGAUUGAGAUGGGUUCGUGUUCAGAAUUCUCGAUAUAUCACCUGAUGAAUCUUGAAAACGGCGAAGAACGACUCCAUCGAACAAGCACCUUGGUCUCGGGGAAUGAAAAUGGUGUUUCCGGUGAGAAGCUCGGUAUACGGCACAAUGUAUCCACCAUUGGCCACAGCAAGUCGGCAUCGACCACAAAAGCAGUGCAGGCUUCCAGGCUUAAUUCAAGAAGCUUCGAACGACUGCCAGUCUCCAAGUCAGAUGUUGCCGUAUUAUACAAGCCACCACCGAAUCCUAGCAAACUUGGCGAUUUGGCAGCCGUGCUUCGAUCGAAAAACUCUGGCCCGUACGAGGUGACAUUUGAUAUCAUGUUCGGAUCAGCAGAUGUAUACUCUGCGGUGAAGGAGUCUGGGAUGCUGAGCCUAGGUGCGUUAGCGAGCGCUUUCGGUCUACCGGAAGAGCAGGUCGUGUGGUGCGGCUUUUUCGAACCAGCGCUUGCUUUCAAAGUCACCGUACCAAGGAUUCGUAAUGGGCAAACAGUACCUGCCGGUGGCUUCAUGGAGAAUGAUGUGCAUGGGUCACAGCAGUAUCUCCCCCUAUCUAACAUGGAACUGCCGACAGGGUUACUCUCCAAACUACGGUGUGCUUGAUGAACAAGGCUGAGCAGCUAAGCAUAUUCAGAUCGGCAUGUCUAUUACCCUAGCUU